AUGUGCUUUGACGCCACCAAUAUCCCCAUUUCUUCCGAGCGCUCAACCUAUGCCAAAUGCUCUUCCUUUAAUCACUCUCACUGUGCUUCUCCACUACCCACUUCUUCCACCACCAGCAAUACGACGCCGCCUUCUUCCACCUAUCUCUGUCCUCCAUGUGCCACUCCCAAUUCUACCUUCUUCAACCUCGCUUCCGAUUCCAACAAGGCCAUUGACAAAAGCCUUGCCUUGGUUUUACUCUGUGCUUCCAAGAUUGCUUCUACUUCCAUGGCCAAGGCCCUUAUUGUGGUUCGAGCCAAGGCCAAGAUAUGGGUUAGGGAAGUUGCUCUUGCUCAGAAAAGGGCUCAGGAGGCUCUGGAUCACCUUGCUCUGCUCGUCCAUUCUAGAGGAGAUGAGGUUGUGCGAAAGGGCUGUUGA